UUGAGUCCUUAGAUUUAUAUCCCUAAAGGACAUCUGCUUUCUGUGGUCCAUCGUUCGCCUGAUCAUAGCCAUGGUUGUGUUCUUCACUUCAAAGGUGGUAUCUCCCCCUGUCACUAUCUAUAUGGGGAAGGACAAAGUUGAAAAUGAGGAACUUCUGCGUUAUGGUCUCCCCACCGAUGUCUGGUUUCACGUAGACAAGCUUUCGUCCGCGCAUGUCUAUCUUCGCCAGCCGGAUAACCAACCACAUGGAGAGUGGGACAAGCUUCCCGCUGUUCUUGUAAACGACUUGGCUCAAUUGGUGAAAGCCAAUAGUAUUGAAGGCAACAAAAAGGACAAUAUCACUAUCAUCUACACUCCUUUUACUAACCUCAAGAAAACUGGGGACAUGCCCGUUGGUCAAGUAUCCUUCCAUUCCGACAAAAUGGUCAAACGAGCACAUGUCUCGACUCGAGACAACGCCAUUGUCAACCGCCUUAAUAAGACCAAGAUCGAAAAGGAAAUAGAUCAUGAGGCUGAGAGGCAAGAGAGGUUACGCUUGGAAGGGAGGAAGAAGAAGGCUGAAGCCAUUGAAAGAGCGAAGAAAGAACAGGAGCAGAAAAAAGCAUGGGAAGAAGAAAAACAAGCUCGGUCUUAUGAUAAUUUGUAUUCAGAAGAUGCCUUUGCUGAGCAAGAACAGUUCAGUGACGACGAUUUCAUGUAGUUGGGGAAGGAUUUCCAUACGUUCCCAAUUGCAGACCACUUCUUAGCUUUGUCCAUUUUGCUCGAGCAAGUAAAUGGUAAUGGAGGGUUUUCUUGAAUACU